CCCUGUAAAUUUUCUGUGAGAUGGGGCUCUGUCUUUGGACGCUAGUCCACAGGCUCCCGGGCCCUCAAUAAAGCACCGCAUAAACGACUUCGGUUGUUUGUGUUUUCUUCGGAUCGGGCAACAGUUUUCUGGCGACCGCGGCAGGACUCCGGAGGUGGCUGGGGCGGUUCGCGUUCUGAUCCACUCCACGCCGGCACCGAGUGAUUCUCGGGGAGUCAUCGGUUCGUGCCCGACCCCUGCGCCUGGCGGACGACUGCGAAAGGGGAGCUCUGCAGUGGAACCGACCUAUGCCACUGGAAAAUCCAGUGCAUGACAUUCAACCAGGAGACCGAGUGUAUGUGAAAAACUGGUCCACCCACCCCUUGAAAGAAGCAUGGGACGGCCCACGCCAGGUGAUCCUGACAACCUACACGGCGGUAAAGGUCGAAAGAAUCGACUCAUGGAUCCAUUACACUCGGGUCAAGAAAGUCCCCGCACAAUGGGAGACUCAGUUAGUCUCUCCAACUCGGAUGAUUAUUCGCGGAAAGUAGCGUUUUUGAUUAUAUUGUUGCUGGUAAUAACGAAACCAAUUCUUGUUAAUGGUUUUGUUGUAGUUGCAGUUACUGAACCAGUGGUUGGUGUUAUGGACGGAAUGAAUGUGAACCUGACCUGUUUUAUAACUAAUGACCAGAAAACUGAAGUCCGGAAUAUACAGGCAACCUGGAAGGAAGGUGCUGAUUAUCCAGAAGCAAAUAUUGUCACGGUUUGGGAUAAGGAUGCACAGAAAGGAAAUACCACAUUACUACUGAAGCAAGUCAGGCAAGAGGAUAUGGAAAAUUACAUGUGCAUUGUAAAAUCCCGAAAAAGCUUUGAUUAUAAGCAAAUUAAAUUGAGAAUAGUAUCCUGGAAAUUGAGAAAGGACAUUCCAUCCCAGGAAUCCGUAGAGGUGAAACCCUCCUGGACUGUACAAGGUAUGUGGGAUGGACUUCCUUUGAAGGUGAAUUGUUCAUUUGUGUUAAAACAAAAAUGUAAUCAGACAUUGCAAGUCAAAUGGUGGAAAGAAAACACUCAGAAGUCAUGGGACAGAAUAGACCAAGGAACUAGCUGGUGGGAAGAAUCUGGAAAAGGUAUGGGAUGGUUAAAUAUUAGUAACCCACAAAUUGGCUUUACCGAAGGAAAAUACUUGUGUUUAGUGAUAUGUGAACUUGAUGCUGAUUAUGGAAUAAGAAUAAUAGAAGCUGGACAAGGAACCAGGCCCACUCACAUGGUAUCCCCAGUAGAAAAGAAGCGCAGAGAGUUGAGAAAUAUAGAAGCAGCCGUACAUCAAAGUCGCGAACAAGAAAAUUUAGUAGUAGGGUUAAUUAGAGAUUUUGGAAUGGUGCAAAACGUAUCCCGAAUUACAGCAUGCUUGCCACUUCCACAAGCGGCAGGAGAACCAAUUCCAUGGGGAAUAAUUCCCAUUCCAUUACUACCUAAAACGGUAGAAAACACAUCUACCGUAUGUCACAUUGAAAGGAAGGAAAGAGAAAUAGUUACCGUCAAAAAGAAAAAUGUAUGGCAUGCAGCACUGUAUGCUGCUAGAAAUGUAAAAGAUAAAACAAAGCAACCUUACCAAGAAAUUACAUGUCAAAAUAUAAGCCAACAACAUGUAAUUUGGGAUGACUGGAAAGCCGUAUGGGGUCCGAGCUUAUUGGAACAUUACAGUUACAUUGGAGCAGUGAACUGGUGUAUACAGUGGACAGGAAGUAAAAACCAAACCCUGGUGGAAGUCUAUAAGACAGAAACCUCUACCAGAGAAAUUAAAGAAACUAAAGAAAAUUGGAAUUGUACUAAGGUUAUUACAUGUGAUACCCCAGAAAGUCAAAUCAGUCUAGCUCCUCUUAGAGUACUACUCAAGUGGGGAUGUAAAUGUAGAAAAAUUAAUCAUACCAUUGUAGAAAGAGUAGCCGCACUAAGCAGAAGCGGAAUUAAAAGAGCUGUAAGCUGUAGGGAUACUACAAUUAGAAGUCCAGGAAAUUUAGUUUGGGUAAUGGGACAUGGACAGUGGACCACACACAUUCCUAUAGAUGGCCCUGUGACACAAAUCACUUUAGGAGUUCCCACCCUUUGCCCUCUGUGGAAGCAAUCCAAAUUACAAUCCAAUCGGAAGAAAAGAAAAGUAGAUGCAUUCACUGAGUUAGAAAAUGAAUGGCAUGAACCAGAUGGUGAAGUUAAAUUUGAAUGGGCUUUAGAAUCACUAUUUGCACCUGUAGCCACCUAUAGGAACAGAGAAAUGCUGUACAAACUGCUAGGGCAGACUGAAAGAUUAGCAGCAGCCACUAAAAAAGGAUUCAAAGAUAUGAAUUUGCAAUUGCAAGCCACAUCCCGGAUGACUCUGCAGAAUAGAAUGGCAUUGGAUAUGCUCCUGUUAAAAGAGCAUGGUGUGUGUCAGUAUCUAAAAACAAAAAUUGACCAUUGCUGCAUCCAUAUUCCAAACAUGACCAUUGAAGUAGAAAAAGAUAUUUCUCAAUUAGAAACAGUUGAAUCCAAAACAAAAGACAUUGAAAAGGAAGCACAACAUAAUUGGAUCGGAGAAAUUUUUGAAUCUUUAGGACUUCAGGUUUCUGGUUGGGUUUCGUCUGUAAUACAGUACAUUCUGUUGUUUGCAGUUCUAUUAUUAAUUAUUUGGCUAGUGUAUAAGUGUGUUUUAGGAGUCAUCGAAAAGGAAACAAAACGCACCAGAAGAGUGAUAAAAGCCUUGACAAGAACUGACGAGAUGCACCUGCCUCCUCCGAAGUAUGAAGUUGUUAUCGGGCAAGAAAAUCCUGCAUUUGAGAGACCCGAUAAUGACUGAGAAUUGAGCAUCCUUGCAGAAGACUGAAGAAUGCUCAAAAGGGGGGAAAUGUUGCCAUUUGAUUAAAUAAACCGUAUUAAAAUAGUAGUAAACCUUAAUAGUUGACAUUAGUUGACAUAAGUAGUAGUAGUUAUGCUAAGGCUUGAUAGGCCGCAUUUAACCUGAAGAUGAACUCUUAUAGCCAAUUUCGAAAUGUAAGCAGUGUAGUUAAGAAAUAAUUACUUAUCUUAAGGAGUGUAUUCAUUUAUCUAAAGAAUGUACCUUUUGGCAGAAAUUUAAAUGUCAAAAAGAUUAUGGUACCAGGUAUCGAGAAUGAAGCAAGAAUUUGUUACGAUGAAGAAAUCAUGUAAGAAACAUAUAAAAACCCUGUAAAUUUUCUGUGAGAUGGGGCUCUGUCUUUGGACGCUAGUCCACAGGCUCCCGGGCCCUCAAUAAAGCACCGCAUAAACGACUUCGGUUGUUUGUG